AUGCACCUCAAUAUGAUAUCUGGAGCACCCUCCACAACAAUCCAAGCAAAUGAGACACCCAUUCCCUCCGAUGCUCUCGACUUCUUCGUCACGACCUUCGGCACCACGAUCUUCUUACGCUUCUGCGUUUCGGCCUGGUUGUGGCUUUUCCCCACGGACAUCGCAGUGUCCAACAACCAGAGGGAAAAUUCGGCUCAGGGCAAGAUCUUUCUGAGAAACUUCUUCUCUGACGUCGGCCUGGGUGGCCUGAUAAAGUUUCACUUCUUUUCUGUGUACCAAGCAGACACGCUUCAGGACACGACCAAGGCAGCGGAUCAGAAGUACCACGGGCCUGGCGAGCACAUCCUUGGUGAGUCGCUUGUCGGUCCCUACCUUCAGGUGCUGCUGUUCCGCGAGCGCCAGUGCUACCUCCACUUGACUGACUUCUCCUUCGUGACGAUGGUUGAAGGCUCAGGACCUGGAGGAGGCAUUCCGCUGCAUGAAUUUCGGCGAGAAGUUCCGCCCGGAUGGGCUCCGGGAAUCCCUGAUUACCCGUUGCGCUUGUUUUUCGAGCGUUUGAAGCUCUGGUAUCGUAUCUAUGAGGGGGACGACACCAUGGUCGGUCCCUUGGUGGCCGGGCGUCUUCAAGGAAAGGCGCAGAGGCUGGGCAUGCAGCUUAGGCUGCGCCGCCCCGACGGAGGCACAGACGUCGGUUCUGAUGCCUUGGUCCGCCUCUCGGUCGAGGAGGUACGAGAUCCGGCCAACCCGGCUGUCAUUCUCCAACAUGCGAUACCGUCUGGGGUACAGGCAUUAUGCAACUCGCUACGGGAAGCCUUCGGAAUGUCAGACCAAGACUUGGUGUCGAGAUCCAUCGAAGAUCUGAUGGAAUUUCGGCGCGGCAAGCUGACCUUUCCUGAGUAUGCCAUCGAAUGGGAGAUUCGAAUGGAGGAAGCUGUGACGCGCGCCGGCCUGGAAAUCAAUGAUGUUGGCAAGUUCUACCUCUUCUUCCGCGGCGCGGGGCUUCCUCAGAAGUUUGUUGAGGACAUCAAGCUCCAAUUGCAAGGAGACUUGCGGCGGUUCCAGGAGGCGAAGGCCUUGGCUUUAAGGCUGGUGAACCGCAGCAAUGACAGUGACCACUUCUACCAGGAAGAGGACGCCUGGGAUGAUGGCUACCAGCAAGAAGCUUCCUGGGACGAUGCCUACUGGACCGAGGACGAUAGGUCCUGGAUGUCAGACUACCAGGAGCACUAUGACGACUGGUGUGGCGACUACGAGGACGAUUAUGAGCAGGGGCAGUGGUAUGGCGAGGACGCCGAGGAUGAGCAAUGGCACAGUCCUGAAAAGGAAGUAGAAGAAGCUUCCUUCGGCAACCUCUCUGGCAACGAUGGUGGCGGACCUUCUUCUUCCACGGCCACCUCGUCGGCUCAGGAAAUGAACGGUGGCGGCAAGUAUGGCGGCAAAGGUAAAUCAUCGGCCAAGGGCUACGGAGAUAUUUCCUGGAACUAUGAGAAGUCGAACAAUGUGUCAGGCAUAAGUGGCACCCCGGAGGCUACCCUGGGCAUGCCCAUGGAUCGUUUUCAGCAGACGUUCUUGGCGGCGAAGGCUCGCUUUGUCCAGCUCUGCUUUCGAACCCAGCUCUUCGUCGACAACAGGCUUCGAUACUGA